AUGCCGACCCCCGAAUCCGCCUCCUUCAAGGCCGCCAAGCCCAGAGUACCACCCACGUUCGAUGGGGUCGACUACGAUGACAACAAGGCCCUCAAAGCCGCUCAAGAUGCUGUGAUUCGGGAACAGUGGGUGCAGAGCAUGAUGGCAAGGCUUAUACGGGAUGAGAUGGGAAAGUGCUACCGAAGGGAGGGCGUCAAUCACCUGGAGAAGUGCGGGCAUUUGAGAGAGCGGUAUCUCGAGCAGUUGAAGCACGCGAAGAUCAAGGGCUAUCUCUUCCAGCAGCAGAACUACGUUUCGGAAAGAGAGGGAUAA